AUAGGGAAGGAAGCUGACGUGGCCAAUUGACGGUCAAAUCGAAAUCUAGCAAUUGGAUUUAGGGAUCACUUUCCUCUCCGCACGAACGGUUACGAGUUUUCUCCUUCUCUGUGAUCUGAUGGCGCAAGACGAUCAAUCGACGGGGAGAUCUACCGGAACAGUUAACUGGUUCAGCGAUGCCAAAGGCUACGGUUUCAUCGCUCCCGAUGGUGGCGGAGAAGAGCUUUUCGUUCAUCAGUCUUCGAUCGUCUCCGAUGGUUUCCGAACCUUGACUGUUGAUGAGCCGGUUGAGUACGCGAUCGCGAUCGGAAACGACGGAAAGACCAAAGCCGUCGAUGUCACUGCACCUGGCGGCGGAUCUCUCAACAAGAAGGAGAUGAGCUCCCGCGGAAACGGCGGUAGUUGUUUCAGUUGCGGCGAGGUUGGCCAUAUGGCGAAGGAUUGCGCCGGUGGAAAAAGAUUCGGAGGCGGAGGGCGCAGAUCCGGUGGUGAAGGAUCUUGCUACGUGUGCGGUAAUGUAGGACACUUCGCUAGAGAUUGUAGGCAGAACGCCGGUGGAAACAGUGGCGGCGGCGGAGGCGGAGUCGAGUGUUACAGUUGCGGAGAGGUUGGUCAUAUGGCCAAGGAUUGUCGCGGUGGUUCCGGUGGGAACAGAUACGGUGGCGGUGGAUCUGGCGGUGGGGAAUGCUACACAUGUGGUGGUGUGGGGCAUUUCGCCAGGGAUUGCAGGCAAAACACUGGUGGAAACGUCGGAGGUGGCGGCGGGGGUGGAAACACUUGCUAUACCUGUGGCGGAGUUGGACACAUGGCGAGAGUUUGCACAAGCAAGAGACCGUUUGGUACUAGUGGUGGUGGUGGUGGUGCUUGCUACGAGUGUGGAGGCAUUGGUCAUUUGGCUCGUGACUGUGAUUGUAGAGGAAGCGGAAGAGGAGGUGGCGGAGGUAGCGGCACGUGUUUCAGAUGCGGCGAGGAAGGUCACUUUGCAAGGGACUGCUCUUCGCUUGCUUAACAAAGAAAAAGAAGAGUAAUGUUCAUAAUCUUUCUUUGUUUUCUAUUGGUUUUCUGAUGUUUACUAUUCAAAUGGUGACUACAAUGUGAUAGCUAGGGUUUGCUUCGGUUGAUGUUUUGGAAUGUUUCUUGGGAGUUUAUGAUCACUCUAUAUUACUUUCUCGUAUAUGACAGGUUCUUUAAUACCCUAUUGACUGUU